GCACACACACAUUAUAUGUUAGUCUUAUUUAGAAUUUUAAAAAUAAUACCCCCACUGUUCACACUGUGAGCUAUAAGACAUUAAUAACUAUCUCUCAAGUAUUACUAUCAUCAAAAUUUUCUAUUUCCAUCAUAACGGGAGUAUAAGUAAAAGGAAAUAAAUUAUGGCAGAUUACCUGCCUCACCCGAGAUGAAGGAAUUCCCUACUUAAGAACCAACAGAUAGGUAAAUAAUUCGGUAUACUCAAAUAAAUAUAAGAUGUUUUGGAUAUUUUGAAUAGAACAUAUGGACUAAAAUGAGUGAACAAAUACAUUUAGAACAUCUUAUAUUUGUGAAUGGAGGGAGUACAUAGUAAAUAUAUAAGUAUACAAUGCAUAAAAAAUUAGAGUCGCGAAAAAAUAAGGUAGAAGAAAAACAUGUAGGAGUAUCAUAGAUUAGUUGUACUUUGAUAAAUUACCAUAAAAUAAAAUACAAAAUGCCAUUCUAAUAUGGUUAGUUGCACAAAAAGGUUAGAUGCAGUUUCAAUAUAUCAAAUAUUAUGCGUCUAAAAAGUAAAAAGAACAAAGAAAAUGCCACCUAAAAACAAUAUCAGAGAUGCCCUAAGAACUACCAACCGCUAUGUUUUUUUCUGCUUUUCCUCCAUAUAUUAAUUCAUAGGGGGAAACCUUAGUUUUUGAGUAAACAUUUAAAUAUAAUUUUAGAGGAGAAUAAACAUUUUUUAUCAAAAGGAGAGUAAACAUUUACAUUAGAGAAUCCAAACAGUUACAUGGAUAAACUAUGAGAAAAAAAAGAAAAAAAAUAACACAGCAAGCCACAACCUAUAGCCCACAUAAAAAAGGCCAGGAUGGAUGGACAAUGACCCCAAGGGAUAGCCCACCAUGGCACCAUCUGCUACGAUAGAAACAGCCCUGGUCAUGAUUCUCGGGAAAAAAAGACAAGCUAGUCAUAAGCAUACCAUUCGACCCCUAAAGAAGCAAGCAUUACCCCUCCAAAGAAAAAAAGAAACUAACACAAGCAAACCUCGAUGACCCACUGGUUAAUAAAACUCAGACUUAAGGAAGUCUCAAUCAAGUGAUAUAAUAUAUAAAAAAAUAAAAGUAAUUUUUUUUGCACAAAUCUUCAUGUAAAAUCAAAAAAGGGAUAUUAUCGAUCAAGACAUAACGAAGUCUAAGUCGACUGAGACUUAGUAAAACUAUUAAUAAAGUCGAUGGCUAAGUCUGGGUCAAUUGAUAUUUAGCAAAUCGUAAUAUUGUAGGCCCCACACAAAAAUAUGGGACGGAAACACACCGGAAGUUUUCAAAGGAUGUCAGCACAACGGUUUAUAUAUACGAUCCAAAGCCACCAUGGAUAGCUACGCAAGCAAAGCCCUGACCUGAGCUAGCAUCUGGCACGCACCCUGCUGCCAAAACAACACGCACGCACGCAACACACUGCAAAUUUGCAAUGUGCCAUUGCUCCCAGCAGCAAGCACGAUGCGUCCACGAGGCUCUGCUCCAGCCACCCGUGCUGCAUGACCGGCCAAAGAAAGCGCGAGGCGGCGGCGGCGCGAGUGCCGAGGUGGCCUCUAUCGUGCGGCUCGCCGUGCCGAUGGUCGGCGCGGGGCUGCUCAUGUACGCGCGCUCCCUAGUGUCCAUGAUCUUUCUUGGCCGGCUCGGCCGCCUGCCACUCGCCGGAGGCUCCCUCGCGCUCGGCUUCGCCAACAUCACCGGCUACUCGGUGCUCUCCGGGCUGGCCGCCGGUAUGGACCCGGUGUGCGGCCAGGCGUUCGGUGCCGGCCGCACGUCUGUCCUCGCCGCGGCGCUCCGCCGCACCGUCUCGCUGCUCCUGGUCGCGUCCAUCCCCGUCAGCCUGCUCUGGGUCGCCAUGCACCGCAUCCUCGUCGCCACAGGGCAGGACCCCGACAUUGCGGCCGCUGCUUACGACUUCAUCAUAUGCUCGCUGCCAGAUCUCCUCGUGCAGUCCUUCCUCCACCCGAUCCGCGUGUACCUCCGCGCGCAGGCCAUCACGCUCCCGAUCACGUACGCAGCCGCCGCCUCGCUCCUGCUCCACGUUCCCAUCAACUGCAUCCUCGUGCAGGGUCUCCACCUCGGUAUCCGCGGCGUCGCCCUCGGAGCCGUCUGCACCAACCUAAACUUCUUGCUGUUCCUCGUGACCUACGUUUACUUCUCCGGAGUAACCCAUGGCAAUGGCGGCAGCGAUGGCAAAGAUGGUGCAUGUUUGUCCCCGAUGGAGGAACCUGCUCUGGAAUGGGGCCGCUUGGUGAGGCUCUCCGUUCACAGCUGCAUGUCGGUAUGCCUGGAGUGGUGGUGGUACGAGAUCAUGGUCAUGCUUUGCGGCGUGCUCGCCGACCCGAAAGCGGCGGUGGCAACUAUGGGAAUACUCAUACAGACCACGUCACUGGUGUAUAUCUUCCCGCAUUCCCUCAGCUGCGCCGUGUCCACGCGCGUCGGGCAUGAGCUCGGCGCGGGACGGCCGGAGCGUGCGCGCCUUGCGGCACGCGUCGGCCUCGCCUGUGGCGCCGCGCUGGGCCUCGUGGCGUGCGCAUUCGCGGCGUCCGUGAGGGGCGUAUGGGCGCGAAUGUUCACCGCAGAUGCGGCCAUCCUCCGGCUGACGUCCGUGGCGCUGCCCAUUCUCGGCGCCGCCGAGCUGGGCAACUGCCCGCAGACAGCGGGUUGCGGCGUGCUCCGCGGCAGCGCGCGGCCGGGGAAGGCCGCGAGGAUAAACGCCUCAGCCUUCUAUGGCGUCGGCAUGCCGGCCGCUCUGGCGCUGGCGUUCUGGCCGGCACGGCUCGACUUCCGGGGCAUGUGGGCUGGCAUGCUGGCGGCGCAGCUGGUGUGCGCGGCCCUGAUGCUGCGAGCGGUGCAGCGCACCGACUGGGAGGAUCAGGCCGUUCGCGCGCGCGAGCUGACCGGCGCGGAGGCCCAUGGCGACGUCAAAAGCUGCCAUGCAGACGCAGACAGUGUGAUGGCGGGCAACGGCUUGCUCGUGGUGACUGUGCUAAGUUGAAUAUGCAUAGAGUACUUUAUAUUUAUAUAUCAGUAUUUUUUUUCGUUUUCACCUUCAAUUUUCAGUUGUCCAUUGGCAUUUUUAGGAUGUGGAACAAUAGGCAGCAGAAUUAUCAAUGCAUCCCUCGUUGAAUUGAGGGAGCAUAGGGGGUGUUUGUUUC